UCAUUAUGAACUAAUAGCUAAAGGUGGCACGUAUUAUAAUCUUUUUAAUGCUCAACAACUUCAACAAAAUAAUGAAGUCGGUGAAAUUAUUGUUCAAAGUGAAGGUGAAAUUAUUGAAGAACAUAAAUAUGAAUCUACGUCAUCAAUUUUAACUAAUAUAAAAAAUGAUUAUGAAUAUACAACAUGGGAACUAAUCAAAAAGAUUUUAAGAAUUAGUCAGCCAGAAAUUUUAGUUAUUCUUAUAG